AUGGACUCUGUCGCUGCUAACAUCAUCCACAUUGAUGGCGCUGCGCUGGACGUGGGCAACGUCUCGCGGUUGAACGCGAGUGCGUCUGGUGCUGACACAGAACUGAAGCCGCACGGAUCAGCUGUGAGCCAGACCAAGAGCGACAAGCAGAGUGGUGAGGAGAGAGCUGGAUGUUUGCAGAUACUGAAACGAUUCGGAGGAUCUGCUUUGCGGCUAGCAAAACAAUUCCCUUGGUACGAGCGACUACCCACUGCGGAGGCGAAUGCGGCGCCUCCAGUGUUCGAGGACUGGGUGACGAAGAAUGGAGUAGACAGCCUUUUAUCCCGGAAGUAUUAUGAGAACGAUGAACAUCUCCUAAAACGUGGACUUUAUAAGCAGGGGUGA